UUUUAUAAAACAGAACAAGUUAUUAUAAAAGGGUUUUCUUUGUUUGUCUCGGGGUUUGUGUGGUGGAAAUGGAGAACAAGACCAAUCAUGGAAACAAGGAUGGUCCAAAACAUAGCCAAGUGGUGAAGAUAAAGAGAGAAUGUGAGAAAAUAAGCAAGCCAUCGCUGCUGCAUCAACCGGAGAUGAGAAGGGUCCUUUCCGAGACCAAGAGGAGUCAACGUUCACGUUCACCACUCGGUUUAGGUGAGAGAUCUAUUUCCGUUCGCAACUGAUCAUGGUCGUUUGCCUUUGUAAUCGUUGCGUUUGUUGUAUAUGUUCUAUGUAAUAAAUACGCUUUGGUUUAAAUAUGACCGAUGUAUAGUUGUAGAGUUACGAUGUAUGAAUCUGGAAUUUACAUGACAUGUAUGUGAGAGAGAUAUCUUUGGAAAAUCAUUGACAAAAACAUUAGGAAUUGGCUAAGUUAUGGUUCCAUGACUCCAUCCUCUUGUGUUGGUUCUCUAGUAGAUGUUAAAUCUAUACUAUCUCGUUUGUAAACUGAUGCAAUACAAAAAUAGGUAUGCACUAGAUUUAUCAACUGAUUUGA